AUGGAUACAAAUCCCUUCCGCGACCCAGCGGGGUUCUCUACUACGUUUCCCGACUUGAUGAACGACCCGGCUUUCGAUGAGAGGGACAAGGGUCUUGAGGACAUGGAUACCUGCCGGAUAUGUCACGGAGAGGCCACGGAGGAAGACCCGUUGUUCUACCCUUGUAAAUGCAGUGGAAGCAUCAAGUUUGUUCAUCAGAGUUGUCUGGUUGAAUGGUUAGCACACUCGCAGAAGAAGCACUGUGAGCUGUGCAAAACAGCGUUCCGUUUCACCAAAUUAUACGACCCCAAUAUGCCACAAAACCUCCCGACGCCCUUAUUUUUGAGACAAGCGUUGAUACAAUCUUUCGGAACAUUCGUCACUUGGCUGCGAUUUGGUCUUGUUGCCUUUGUCUGGCUAGGGUGGUUGCCGUGGUCAAUGCGCGCAAUCUGGAGGGCACUCUUUUGGCUUGCAGAUGGCCGAUGGUCCACUGGUGCCGCAAGUCAACAACAGGCGGCAGCUGAGGGCCUGGUAAAUGCCGUUUCAAAUCAUACCACGGGUGGUACUGGUACUGUUGUGGCCAACUCGUUAAUCUCAACAGUCUCCAGUGCGAUUCAAUCUUCUGCCAGUGCCGCGCCAGUAGUGCAGUCACCAACCGAGGGCUUUUCUACUGGAGAGCCAAUGAUGUUCUCGUUUAUCAAAAAAGUGAUACCGAGUCUCUUCCUUCCUGCUUUGACCUCGCCCGUGAGUCACAAUGGCUCCAUAUCGACCAACGUGACUGGGGUAUCAAGGGCUCGGUAUCCGUCGUGGCUAUCUGAUGUGAAGCUCCUCAAGACAUUGACCCCCUAUCCGACCAUCAACAAUAUGAUAAUCGAUACUCUAGAAGGACAGCUCAUCACUAUUCUGGUAGUGCUUGCCUUCAUACUUCUGUUUUUGAUUCGAGAAUGGGUUGUCCAGCAGCAACCUAUGGCCAACAUCGCUGAUGGGGAACGAGAAGCCGCCAUGCAAUUGAAUGCAAAUGUCAACCGCAUGAAUGAUCAAGUGCAACCGGCCCAACCACCCCAACCUGCCCGGCUUAGGGCGAACUUUGACAUCCAUGAACAGCAUGGCUUCGCCCUUGAGGAACAAGACGAAUUUCCGAUGCGUCCUCGUGUUGGAUCUCCCGCUCCGUCCUGGACUGACUCUGAUGAUGGUCUGCCAGCCUUGGACAGACCCUCUGGGUCUCUUAAUACCCUGAUCGAUGGUUACCCUUCAGCUAACUCAGCGGAAGGGACCGCAAGUCCAAUGUCUGACCACCAGGACCAUCCUUCUAAUUCUGGCGUGGCUGGUUUCAGAGAUAUACUGGCUCGCUCCAAUGGAGACCGCGAUGAAAUAUUACGCCUAAUCCGCGAUGAAGGCCGCGAGGAGGAGCUCGGUUGGAUCGUAAAUGCGUUAACAUCGGGUUCUCAGGACGAAAACUUGGCGGGACCUUCAAACCGCGCAAACGGAUCUGAUGUUGGUGACAUGUUUGGUCAUCGUGAUUUGUUAAACCCGGAAGACAACGAAAAUAUCCACCAGCAGCAGAUUCAACCAGAUGGCCAGCGCUUACCCCAAGUCCAACAUCUCCAACAUCAGGGAUCACCCUUUCAAGAGGCCGCGGCGCAACAAACCCCACAGGCAGAACUCGAAAGCCGCAAAGGUAUUACCGAAAGACUGGUGCAUUGGUUCUGGGGAGAUAUUACUGCGGGCGAGCAAGACCCCGCUGAUGCAGAGACACCAGAAGCUGCGCAUUUUGCUCAAGAUCCAGCAUUAGAAGAACCGUUCGUCCCUGCCCAGAACCGAUUAGAAGACCCACUUGCUGAAGGGGACUUGGCUAUGGCAGCAGAAGCUGGAUUGGAUGCAAACGACAUGGAUGCAAUUGAGGGGGAUGACUUUGAAGGAAUCAUGGAUUUAAUCGGCAUGCAAGGCCCGAUAUUUGGCCUCUUACAAAACGGUGUCUUUUGUGCUCUUCUGAUUGCCUUCACAGUCACCGUUGGCAUCUGGCUUCCCUACCUAUGGGGGAAGAUUGCUCUGGUUUUAUUGGCCAACCCAUUGGAAUUGAUUGUCGGUGUUCCGAUGACUACCUUGACGGUAGUCACAGACAUUGCACUCGAUACUUUGAUCGGUGUUGUCGGAUACGUCAUGUACUGUUUGACAUUCAUUUGCAAAGUAGUGAUGAGUCCUUUGGUUGCAUUCGUUCCCCUGGGGGAUUGGAUACCACGAGGCAAAUCCGUCACAAGUGCAUCCCUUUCCCUUAUCGACGCCAGCAGUCACCGCUUGAACAAAGUGGUAAAAGCAUUCCUUGUUUUCAACGAAUCUGAUAUCCCUAUGUUCUCUGUCCUUUCCCACCAGGCACUCAGACUGCACCAAGCUCGUUUCCUGGCCUUCUUCAAAUCAAUGUUCUCCAUAACCAAAUUUGCUCUGCACGACUUUCCUUUGCGCUUGUUCACGCUUGGGGUUCCCGGAGCGCUCUCUUUCGACCUAGACCUUUCACAGGCAAAGGAAUAUGCGAUGCAUCUUCAGCAGCAUGUCGGCAAUUUCACCCGGUCUCAAUUGUAUUCGAGUACCGGAACAAAACUGCUGAAUGCAAGUGCUGCCAAAGCAGUUUCAGGAUCCGUGCCUGUCGACUAUGAUCUUGCCGUGUGGGAUACCAAGGACCGUGCUAUCGCCAUAUCCAUGGGGUACCUGCUUGCCACGAUUAUGGGAUAUCUAUACUUACGGAUCACUGGGUUCCUGGCUGGACCCAACCGAGGGCAGCGAAUCGAAGGUGUCGUUGCCGAGGUUCUUCUUCAAGCUGGGGGAGUGAUGAAAGUUAUCCUCAUCAUCGGUAUUGAGAUGAUCGUCUUUCCACUCUACUGUGGCACAUUGCUAGACCUUGCCCUACUUCCUCUUUUCUCCGAAGCAACAAUGACUUCCCGUAUUGCUUUUACUACAGGAUAUCCGCUCACGUCGCUUUUCGUACACUGGUUCAUUGGCACAUGCUACAUGUUCCACUUUGCACUAUUUGUGUCCAUGUGCCGAAAGAUCUUGAGAACAGGUGUUCUCUACUUCAUUCGAGAUCCAGAUGAUCCUACGUUUCACCCCAUUCGCGAUGUCCUGGAGCGCAGCAUUACGACUCAACUCCGUAAAAUCGGCUUCAGUGCCCUUGUAUAUGGCACGUUGGUCAUCAUUUGCUUGGGAGGAGUUGUGUGGGGUCUGGAUUUUGCAUUCGAGGGUGUUCUACCCAUACACUGGUCCGCUAGGGCCCCCAUGCUUGAAUUCCCGGUUGACCUUUUGUUCUACAAUUUCAUUAUGCCACACAUCAUCCAAUCCUUCAAGCCUUCAGAUGCGCUACACGACCUGUACGACUGGUGGUUCCACCAAUGUGCGCAUUUCCUACGACUCAGCAACUUCUUCUUUCCGGACAGACGCCCAGAAGAGGAAGGGCAUUACGUUUACCGGACUUGGUGGGGCGUGUUUGCAGCCAGUAAUGGUGAGUGGGAACGUCCUGUGAUUGGGGCAGCUGAACAGGCUGCUGCAGAGAACGAAAACCGUGAGGUGUAUUUCUUGCGCGAUGGCCGAUACGUCCGGGCUCCUGCCUCAGACCAGGUUCGCAUACCUAAAGGAACCCAAGUUUUCUUGGAUGUGACCGAGAACAAUGAACGUGUUGAUGGGAAAGUCGAUGUGGAAGAUGGACUGCAUGGCCGUUCCAGCAACAUGUUUGCCAAAGUCUACAUCCCUCCUUACUUCCGUCUCCGAAUCGCCGCGUUUAUUCUCUUCAUCUGGCUGUUUGCUGCCACCACUGGAGUAGGAAUCACCAUUAUUCCGCUCGUUAUCGGGCGGAAGAUGAUAUCGUUAUUUUUCUCCAGCUCUGUCCCUGUGAAUGAUAUUUAUGCAUUCUCUAGCGGCCUAUGCGCCGUUUUCAGUUUUGGUUACGUGAUGUAUUACUGUCGCGUUGCAGUACAAGCCAUUCGAGGAAACUCAUGGGCAUACUUGCGGUCUCCAACUCGGCUCGUCAGGCUUUCUGCAUCCAUCGCACUCGAUGCUGGGCGCCUGUUUUAUAUAUCUGUCAUCUUUGCCGUUCUGUUACCGACUCUUUUUGCACUUCUUACGGAGCUCUAUGUGCUGAUUCCUUUGCAUACCUUAUUUGGGGAUGGAAAAUCCCAUGUCGUUCAUGUCGUUCAAGAUUGGACGCUAGGUGUACUUUACGUCCAGAUGGCUCUCAAGUUGACUUCUUGGCAUCCUCAGUCCUGGGCCGCGGCCGUUCUUAAUGGCAUAUUUCGCGAUGGUUGGCUUCGCCCCAAUGUGCAUCUUGCCACGAGGGCUCUCGUUCUCCCCUUGUUGCUCUUCACAGCUGCUGCCGUUGUUGUACCCCUCUCAAUUGGCGGUAUUCUGGGAUACACCGUUCUCUACUGGGUUGAGGCGCAGCAAAAGAUUUACCGCUAUGCUUACCUCUCUACCCUCCUACUUGCCUUGGCCUCUUGGACUGCCCACCUCUUACUCAAGUGGGUCACCAUCUGGCGUAUGAACAUGCGGGAUGAUGUGUACCUCAUCGGAGAGCGAUUGCAUAAUUUCAGUGAGAAGCGGGCACGGGACGUUGGUGUUCCGCGGAGAGUGAUCACAGGGUGA